GUGAGUGAGUGUGUGCGCUUAAGGGCCGAACAGAAGUGUCAGCGCAUCCGUACACAGGACAGCCAUGGCCCUGCUAGAUUUAGCCUUACAAGGCUUCUCCAUCUUCGGAUUUGGCUUAUUUAUUGUCCUCUGGCUUAUGCACUUCGUUUCCAUCAUCUACGUCCGUCUGCAUCUCAACAAGAAAACCACAGACAAGCUGCCGUACAGUAAACUGGCUGGAGUCUCGCUGCUGAAGCCCCUCAAGGGUGUGGACCCCAAUCUAAUAAACAACCUGGAGACAUUCUUCGAGCUGGACUAUCCCAAGUAUGAAAUUCUGCUGUGUGUCCAAGACCACGAUGACCCAGCCAUUGAUGUUUGUAAAAAGCUUCUGGGCAAAUAUCCCAAUGUUGACGCCAGGUUAUUUAUAGGGGGUAAGAAAGUGGGCAUCAAUCCCAAAAUAAAUAACCUCAUGCCAGCUUAUGAAGGGGCAAAGUACGAACUCAUCUGGAUCUGUGACAGUGGCAUUCGGGUGAAGCCAGAGUCUCUGACUGAUAUGGCUAAUCAGAUGACCGAGAAGGUGGGGCUGGUUCAUGGCCUACCAUAUGUGGCUGACAGACAAGGAUUUGCCGCCACAUUGGAGCAGGUAUAUUUUGGAACAUCCCAUCCUCGUUCCUACAUCUCAGCCAAUGUAAUGGGGAUCAAGUGUGUCACAGGGAUGUCCUGUCUCAUGAGGAAGGAUAUCCUGGACCAGGCUGGUGGGCUGAUUACGUUCGCGCAGUACAUCGCUGAAGAUUACUUCAUGGCCAAAGCCAUCGCAGACAGAGGAUGGAAAUUUUCCAUGGCAACGCAAGUAGCCAUGCAGAAUUCGGGCUCAUACUCUAUUGCACAGUUCCAGUCACGCAUGAUCAGAUGGUCCAAACUGAGAAUCAACAUGUUGCCAGCCACUGUCAUAGAGCCCAUCUCAGAGUGCUUUGUGGCCAGCCUGAUCAUUGGCUGGGCUGCCCAUCAUGUGUUCCGCUGGGACAUCAUGGUGUUUUUCCUGUGCCAUUGCCUGGCCUGGUUCAUUUCUGACUACAUUCAGCUCAGAGGAGUACAGGGCGGCCCUCCAUCCUUUUCCAAGCUGGACUACGCUGUGGCCUGGUUCAUCAGGGAGUCCAUGACAAUUCAGAUUUUCUUGUCCGCUCUUUGGGACCCCACCAUCAGCUGGAGGGCGGGUCGCUACAGAUUGCGCUGCGGAGGUACAGCAGAGGAAAUCUUGGAUGUUUAAAGCGCGCCAAGUGCCAUGGACUAUGCGCUGGUGGCAAAAAAGAACUGAACUGCGAGAAGCAGCAGAUGGACAAACAAACUGCAACUUUUGUUCCAAAUUCUGAUAGUUUUUUUAUCCGUGACUUUUGGUAGCUUCAAUAGAUAAUUUUAUGUUCUUGAUGCUUUUUUUCAUGCGAUGACCUUGAAUUCUAGAUGAGCCAAAAUGUUGAAGUGGAGAAGAGAAAUGAGGAAAUGAUGUCUGGUAAUGUGGCGGCACUUUGACGGGACAUCAGAUUCCGAAUGAAAACGCAUCAAUUUUAGGUUAUUUAUUUUUUUAUUUUUAAAUGUCCUGGCAACAUAUCUAGUGGUGAUGAACAACAGCAUAUCCAUUUUAUCAUUUGUGUAUAUCAAUGGUACGACUUUUAAUGCUAGUAAUAACACAAAAAUUCACCCAAAAAUCUUGUCAUUCCAAACCUGUAUGACUUUAUAUCUUCUGUGGAAUACAAAAUGAGACAUUUUGAAUAAUGUACUAGUUGCUCUAUUUCAUGCAGUGAUGAAGAAUUGGGAUUGAAGCUUUAAAACCAACAACAACAAAAAAAACGCCAUAAAAGUGGCCCAUAUCUGCAAUAUUCCAUGUCUUCUGAAGUCAUAUGCAGAAGUUAAAUAUCAUGGCUCUCCUUGGCGUGUUCACGAGUCCUAUUCUUGAGGAAAUCAUCCUUUUUAAGUAUCAGUUUUUUCCAAUACAUUGGUUGAUCCGGUUCACAAAACCUGUCGGACCGAUUCGUUCACGACCAAUCCUUUUCUCGAGUUCAACUUUAAUGGAUUGCAGCAGUUCUCAAGUUAAUCUUCACCCUCUAGUAUGCUGUUAGAAGUUAUUCAUGACUUUAUUUUGUCCUGUUAAUCACACAAACCUAUAAUAUAACUUCAGAAGACUUGGAAUCUAGCGCACGAGUCAUAUGCACCACUUUUCAGUGCUUUUGCAUCCUUUUUGAAGCUUGAGACCUCCAGUCUGCAUUCAUUGUACUUCCAUGGAAAACAGCGGCCAGUACGUUCAUCAAUUUCUCUUUUGUCUUCCACAGAAGAAAGAAAUGGGUAUAGGUUUGGAUUGAGGAUUUUCAUUUUUGAAUGCUCUAUUCCUUUAAGACGAAUGAGUGAAGCAUUCUAAAUGGUACUAGAGUAUGAAUUGCUCACAUGCUUAUCACAGUGUUGCUCUUGACGUGUAGCACUCUUGCCAUAUUUUAUAAAUGUGUGGACUUCUGAAUGCUCAACUGAUCCAUUCAGGUCCAUUUUAUGUUUACUAGGCAGAGCAAUAUUUUCUAUAGAGGGUGAGGUUAUACACUUUGAACCGUGGUUUGUGUACAGUUACCUUUGAACUUUCUUUGAAACAUUGCUACGUUUGCAAAAUGCUUGAGAACUCUGCAUCCACCCUACAGUAUUCAAACAUGAGGAAUGAAGGUUCAGCCUAAGUUAUCCUCAACACAAUAUUUGCAAAUGUAGUGCCAUUUGAAGAGUAACCGCUUUUAUUAUUAUAAUUUUAGCAUCUUCAAACAAACACAAUGGGUUUGACCUUUACUUGUUAGGCUUUACUCUUGCUUCAUUAUCUUGUGUAAAUGCACUAGUCACACUCGUUCCAGGACCAGGGUGUGCUAAACACACAUUGGGCAUUUCCCCCCUGCGCCGUUGUUCGCCAGAGAAGUAUUUUCCUGCAAAUGUUUUGACUUUUUACUAGAUAGAAUUGCGAUGAAUUCUACUAAAUUGUCCAAACAUUUCAUCCAAUUGCAUUUCAAUUAAACUGAUUCCAAUGUUGUGAGGCAAGAGCUUGAGAGCUUUGUUUAUAUACACUCAGUUUGAGUUUACACAAUUCGGCAUGAUUUCACGCCCACAAUUAUUUAAUUAUCGUCAGAUGUAUACCAACAGGUUUACAGUCUGAUUCAUGUAAAAACAAAAUCUCAAUAGGACCGCGUGGCGCUUUUUUAGGCUUUUCUAAUUCCUCAACUAUUAUGCAAACGCAUUUAAAGAAAUGGUUUGACCCAAAAAUGAAAAUUCUCUUAUCAUUUACUCACCCUGUUGUUCCAGUUUUGUUUUCCAUGGAAGAAAGUCAUACAGGUGUGGAAUGAUGUGAGUAAACGAAGACAGAAUUUUCAUUUUUUGGUGAACUAUUCCUUUAACGUUGCAAAGAGUCAAACAAAAUUCAGAAACAAUUUACAUACUUCUCUGUCAUCUUUCCCCUUUUUUCCUUCUGCAGUUGUAUCUUGAAGAACUGCUAGUUUAUGUCGAGCACUGUCGAAAGCUAUGGUUGAGAAAACACUCGCCCUGCCGUGUCCUCAAUCUUUGAAACUCGCUUGUCUUUGUGUGUUUGUGAUUUCAUUGUUUUCAUUGUGAAGUACCCAUGUCAACACUGGCAGUAUUGUUUUAGACAUAAUCUACUCAUUCACUAGAACUCACAAACAUUAGUGUGUGAUUCAGGGCAAACGUAUUGGCAUGAGCCAAGCGCAUGUGCCUUGAUGUAUUCCAUCAGCUGCCAUUUAAAUGUCACUUUUCAGAGUAAUAAAACUGUUUUAGCCCAAUGCCAAAUUCUCAAUCCUUUAAGAAGUAUUGGUUUUGUCAUUUCUAAUUCGAAUUAAUUUGUUUUGGUGAAAUCUUGGGCUGACUAUUGGAAAUAAACUGUUUUGUGCAUGAGGCCAGGAAAUUUAUGCCAGUUGACCGUAACAUGGCGAUUGAAGUAUUAAAAGUUGGGAAUUAAUACAUUUGCAAUAAUGAGACCGUUUAAGUUGUAGGAGAAAUACCAUGUUCAGACUGUGAAAACAAAUAUUUGCUUCCAAAACCCAUUUCUGGGCGAAUUGUACGCAAGCAUUUCCAGGUCACAUUUUACCCCAUCUAAAGGAAUAUAAAAUUAUAUUUUUCAUAAUAAAUAUUUUAUUAUAUAUAUAUAUAUAUAUAUAUAUAUAUAUAUAUUAUUUAUAAAAAUAAAAUAAAAAAAUUAUGAUUUAUUUUUGCAUUUAGACAUUAUUUUCUUAAGUAUUUAUUUUUUGCCAUUCUGAAUAUUUGUUUUUUUUUUUACAUAAAUUGGCACAGUACAACAAAUACUACUUAUACAUGAAUACUGCUAAUAAUAAUAUAUAGUUUAUAUAAUUUAAUAAUCCGAAUGAGAAUUUGACCAGAAAAGUGCUUGAUUGUCAUGAAAAUAUUAUCCGUCACAAUGUAAAAAAAAAAAAAGUAAUUGAUCCUAAAAUGGGCUUAAUUUUCUAUUUUUUAAAUUUUGGGAUGAAUAUGACCUGGAAAUUGACAAGUUUCAUGAGAUUCCCCCCUCUAUGUCUAGAUUUCGUUUUAAUAAACAUUUCAUGUUUUGUACUUACUGUAAACAGUGUGCCUCAUUCAUGAAAUGCAAAACACAUUUUUGAACAUUGUUCGCAAAACUAUCCUUGCGUCAACUAUUGCAUUGAACUGAAGGUUUUAUUCGGUAAACCACAUUUUUUUUGCUAAACCAAGUACUUUUCAGAUUUUGUUCGCAAAGACAUUCUUGCAGAAAUUGUUGCAUUUAAAUGAAUGCGUUGGUUUACGUAAAAAUUGGUAUUUAUGAAGCCUUUACAAAUAAAUUGGUUCACUUAUGUGUUUUAUUAACAACGCAAUUGUGAUGUGACUCAGCAACAUUGGAAAAAUGAAAUGUUCCAUUAUGUUAAUGUGUGACUAACAUGAUAUUUUCAUUGUCUAUCUGUAACACUUCAAACGCCUCAAUAGAAUCAAUAGGCUAGCGUUUUGGUUAGGAAAGGGGAAGGCUUGCAUUUUCUGCAACUAUCCUAGUUCCUCUGACUUUCAAACCAUAUGUGCUGGUUUUAUGUUUGUGAAAUAUUGUCUAUAAAUAACUUGUAAAUUCACCUCAUUUAUGAAAAGUCUAAUGCACUGUACAUUUUUCUGUUUAGACUUUCCCCUUUCUGUGUGGCUGUGUGUGAAUGCGACCGAGUGUGUCUUUUCAGAAAUAUGUUUAUUGCCUUUUUUUGAUAUGUCAGUCCUGAAUGGAUUGUAUUAUAGUGAUGUUUUGUGGGGAGCUGGACUUUUUUUUUUUUUUAUAAUUUUUUUUUUUUUUUACCAUACAUGUACAAUUGUAUGUUUAUCAAUAUAUAUAUUAACAUGUUUUAGCAAAGACCGGUGAUCUGUAUGGUGUCAUGUGAUCAUGAGAACACUUGUGGCUGUUUUGAACAUGCCAAUCGGAGUACCAGAAGCUGCUUUUGUCAACACCCUUUAUUCAUACACAAACUAAAUGGUGUCCCACUAGUUAACAAAACAGUCUGCAGAUUUCACGAAGUCUAUAUGAACAGCACUGUGUGCCAAUUUCAAAGCGUGCGUUGAAACAAAAUGGGUGUGUUUCAAAACCAAGUGAGCUGAGUUUUAGUGGCAAUAUUGGUGUGUUUGAACGGGAUUUGAGCACUUGGACAUGCACCCAUGAUGCCCAGAAUUGCUGUCUAGGUAGACGGCACACUAGGUUUUGAGACAUAGCCAAUAUAAGUGUCAUAUGCUCUAACAUUUUCACUCUAGUUUAAAUGAUCCAAACAAUCAAAAUGGCGCAGAGAAUCUACUAAGACAUGUUUACCAUAUGAUCACUGGGCACAGUAGAGGGAAAAAAAGUCUAGUUGUGAUCCACCACUUCUAUUUUAUGUGCUGUUACGAAGAGUAAACAAAAAGAUUUUAAUUUAAAAAUAUGUACAGAUUAUUUAUGAAGUUAGUUUAAUUUAUCCAAGUUGUAAUUUUUUUUUUUUUCUCACCAAUGCGGAAGUAUGGGUGGACAAACUUUUAGUUUUUCAAUCUUGUGUUGAUAUUUUGUAGAUGAUUGUUGAACCGUAUUCAUGAUGCAGAAUGCGUAAUCCACAGCUGGAAACUGUUAUUACAGAUUUAUUAAAGCUUUAUCAA